UUACUCUUGACUGUCUCUUAAAUAUAUGGUUUAAUCUUGACCCUUAAAUAUAUCUAACAUUUGAGAAUAAUUAAUAUAUUUAUAAUUAAUUAUUAACAAAUAAAGUAUAUAAUAUUUAUUAAAAGAAUUUAUAGUUAUUGAUAAUUGCAAUUGGGGACCUAACAGUAAUUCACCCCGCAAAUUCUGAUUUCUACCCAUCACAACAAACAAUGCUGCUCUCACCAAAACAUAAGAUCAAUUGGCCCGGCGGCGACCAUGAUCUCAGUUUGACGACCACAUGUCCGACAACUGAGAACAAACGUCUUGGUGUCGCCGACUAUACAUUCCUUGUACAACCAUGACAACGAGCAAGAAGCUCUAAUGUUGCCACCGGCGAACGCCCGGAGAUGACAGGCAGGAUCCGGGCGUGGAUCGGCAAGAAAGCAUACACGAGGCCCUACCAAAUUGCUUUCAAAAAUGGAGGAAAGCGCCAAAUUGAACAGAAUAGAAAUGAGUCCUUGUGUGGUGGGUUUGUGCUACUUUGUUCGUGUAGUUUAAUAUGUAGGGGAAGGCUUCAGUUCGAAGGGGUCAACAGAUUUUUGUUAGUGCUGAUUGGGUCUGGGGCGAUACUCAGACGUCAAUUUCAUUGAUUACAAGCUGUACAUAAGACUAUGUUGGAGACCUCGUUUGUGGAUGCAAGAAUAGAAACAUAAGACUUAAGAGGUUGAAGAAAGGAAAGACUGUGUGUUGAUCGAGAGUGUCGGCUGAUCCCUCCAACUUCGUCGAAGCUCUAAUAACAUCUAAGUUUAGCCAAUUUCCUAAAUAAAUGAAUGCAAAUAGGAGACGCUGUGUGGCCAGAAGGGGAGUCGAACUGGGCAGAAGCUUUGAUAAAGGUAGAGAGGUUCCCCUGUUGUAGCCUCGUCGGGAACAGGUAGCACCUGAAGGUAGUUUUAUUUCUAUUUUUAUUUGACUUAUGCUAAUUAACCGUUUGAUCUUAAUGUCCAUUAUUUAUCUAUUUUAAAUAGGUUUGUAGUUUUAGAAGGCUCAAAUGUGAAAGACACCUUCAUUGUUGAGGAUAAUGUUGUGGCUGAACAAAUUGUUAUUCAUGAAAAAAGAGGGGAAAAGAAUCGCAGAAGAAGAGGGUUAGGUGCCUAAUGGUUAAUCCUGAACAAAUUGUUACCUCGGGACUUCAAGGAGAGAUGAAGGACAAGGAUAUGGGUUUCAACAACCACCUCUCCAUCCUCACCAACCGUACUCUAAUGGUUACUGAGCUCCACCACCAUCAUUUCAUGAACCACCUCAACAAUCUAGGAUAAAGACCAAGUUUGAGAUGACCCUUGAGCAAGUUGAGUCGAGUAUGAAGCAAGUGGAGGGGAUCGAGACAACUCGUCCAACUCUAAUCCCGUAACCAAAGUACCUCUUGAAGCUCGAAUUUGAUGGAUUCAUGGUCGGGAGUGAGAGGGCACUCACCCUCCACCUCUACCGAUGCCCAACAACCUUAAAGAGUUGCCAUCCGAGCACUAAACAUCCCAAUGGAGUUCCUAGAUGCUAGUGAUCCCAAAGAAAUCAAAAGAGAGGAAUGGUGGCUCAAAGAGGUGGAGACCAAAGGGACACCUUCCAUCAUAGGAGUCCCUACUCUUCUACUCAAGAAAUCCUCGUUGAACAUGAAGAGUUGCUCAAGAGUGUGGAAGAGAAGAAGAGAGAUCUCAAACAACUUUGUUCGAGAAUCAAGCAAGAUCGCCUAUUUGACAUCAUAUAUAAAGAGAAAGAGGAAGUGGUAGAAGAGGAAGGAAUCUCGAAGGUGGACAAUCAAGUGGACCUUGACAAUCCAUCUAUUGAUAAACUUGCUUAGAGGACCAUAAAUGUUCCCAAUCAACAAAAAGCAAUGGAUAAAACGGGAGCAUUGAUGAUGUUAUGAGGAAAGAAAAAGAAAGUGAAGAAGGAGAAGAGCUUGGUACUCAACACAAGAUUCUUCACAAGAAAGAGAGGAUGUUGAAGAUGCAAAUGGAGUCCAAUUAAUGGACAAGGUCGAAGUGAAUGAAAUAUCCACAAGUUACAUGUACUACCAAAGCUUUCACAUGACCUUUAUACACUCUUGGAGAAGGACCCUUGUGUGGUUUCUCUUCUGCCAAAUUAAGGCCAUACCAUUGUCAAUCCCUCUUGGUGGAUUCAAUGGUAGUCAAUCAAGGUUGUUGUUGAUGUCGGGGUUGUAACCGACGUCGAAUUUCUUAUGUUGGGCACCAGAGUCGGUCGACGACCACCUUUCACCUCGAACUUCACUUAUGAUGUCAACUCUAGUAGUAUCUUACAAAAAAGGUCUGUCAGCCGAUAUCGCCGCAGACACUCUCUGACACUCAAGUCAGUGGAUGAGUUGAGGGAGGAGGAAUAUGACCUCGAAAAGAAAGAUGAGGGAACGGAGUUGAGAGUGAUAUAUGCGCUAAUCAUAGCAAGAGUUCACGAGUCUAUGCAUGGGGAUUUUUGCUUACCUCAAUCUGGAGACGAAGUGGCCUUAUAUAGAGGCCUCCAGGUGACAAAUAAAGGGAGAGUAUGUGUCUCCCUUAGGAGCUUGGUGGUGUGGAGAGAGGACACGUUGCAAGGGUACAUGGCUAAAGGUUGUAUGUGACCUGGGGUGGGCAGAGAGCCCAAGGUGGUUGAGGUGAACCGGGGUGGUUGACCAUGGGGGGGGACCGAGGUGACCCAACGUAAUUGAUCCAAGGGUGGCCGGAGUGAUCCCAAGGUGACCCAGAGUGACCCCAGGGUGGGUCAGGUGACCCGAUUUAAUUGGCUCCGGUGUGGCCGGAGUGACCCCAAGGUCACCUAGGGUGAUUGACCCGGGGUGACAGGAGUAACCCCAAGGUGACGUGGAGUGAUUGACCCAAUGGUCCAGAGAGACCCCGGGGGUGUCCGGAGUGACCCCAAGGUGACCUAGGGUGAUUGAACCCGAGUGACCAAAGUGACCUUGGGGAGGGCUAGGUGAACCGAGGUAAUUAACCCUGAGGUGGCAGGAGUAACCCCAAGGUGACUCGGGAUGAUUGACCCUGACAGGCUAGAGAGACCACGGGGUGGCCGGAGUGACCCCAAGGUGACCCAGGGUGGGGUAGAUGACCCGGGGUAAUUGACCCCGAGCUGGCCGGAGUGACCCCAAGGUAACCUAGGGUGGUUGACCCCGGGUGGCCAAAGUGACCUUGGGGUGGGCUAAUUGACCCGAGGUAAUUGACCCUGGUGUGGCCGGAGUGACCCCAAGGUAAUCUAGGGUGAUUGAUCGUGUCUGGCCGGAUUGACCCAGGUGACCUGAGGUGAUUGACCCCAAGGUAGCUGGAGUUAGGGCUGCAAAUGAGUUGAGCUGUUCGCGAGCGGCUCGGUGUUCGACUCGAGAAAAGCUCGUUCGAAACUCGACUCGUUAAUAAACGAGCCGAACAUGAGCUAAGCUUUCUUCAGCUCGUGAAGCUCGCGAGCUAGCUCGACUCGGUAUCUUGUUGAGCUAAACUCGUGAGCUGGCUCGUUUAGAGCUCAUGAUAUGUCUCAACAUGUGGCUAGAGAGCCAACUCGAUUACCGACUUAUGGACGAAUCAAUCUAUAUCUUAUGUUUUUAAUUCAUAUGGUUGUUAAAUUAUAUAUCUCACCAUAUAUAAAGUUUAAAACGUUCA